AUGAAGCCCGGACACUUCCAGGGCCACUUCCACGACACGGCCGUCAACGCCCGCAUGAAGCGCUGCCACGACUUCCUGGAGAAGAACUUCACCGUGAAGAGCUCGAUGCGCCGCAUGGUGGACCUCGGCGACGGCAACGGCGCCGCGAUCAAGCUGGGCCCGUACUGCCACAUCGCGUCCCAGGACGGCGUGACUGUCGUCUUCACGGGCGAGGUCGCGCACUGGCCCGACGUGUCCCCGGACGCCGACCCCGUCGCGGACAACCAGAACAAGUACGUCUCGGGCGAGCAGGGCGGCUCCGAGGCCGACCGGCUCCUCAAGUACUACCGCGCGCUGCUGGACGUGCCGACGGUCGAGGAGGUCUGCGAGCGCGCCCUCGAGUCGCUCGGCUCCGUCGAGGGCCCGUUCGCCUUCGUCAUCUUCGACAGCAUGCAGCGCCGCGUCCUCGCCGCUCGCGACAAGGACGGCGCGCAGUCGCUCGACUGGGGCGUCACGAACGACGGCCUGCUGUGCUUCGGCACCGACUUCAGCAUGCUCGGCGAGUGCGUGCGCCCGACGGCGGUGCCCUUCCCGGCGGGCUGCCUGUACACGUCCGCGGGCAACCACAUCGCGGAGUCCCCCGGCGAGGAGGGCUGGGUCAUCGAGGGCGAGCAGUGGCCCGGCCACGUGUCGUGCUACAUGCACGGCAUGACGCGCCGCUGGCGGCCCGUGCAGGCGGUGCCGCGCGUGGACUCGCACGGGUGCAUCUGCGGCAACGUGUUCAGGGUGGCGAGCGAGCGCGACGUGCCCAACGUGCAGGGCGCCGCGUGA